AUGUACUGGACGCCUCUCCUCCUCAGUCACUUGGCUGCAGCCAUCUUCUCUGAUGGCCGCGAGCCAGGUGCUGUGCAAGUGAAGCAGACUGCAGACUCGUGUCUCAGCUCUCCUCAGCAAGUCGGAUGCAAGACUGAGUGGUUGAUCACAGAUCGCAAACAUCCCGGCGCAAUCUUACGCAUCAACAAGACAGACACCAAGCUCGGCAAUUUCUGUGAAGGUGCUGGGGCCGGCCAUACAGGCUAUCUCUCCCUUGACCAUGGUAAACGCAACAUCUACUUUGCAUUCUUCGAGUCACGCUCCUCGCCUCUCAAAGACCCUCUUGCACUCUGGUUGCAAGGAGGUCCUGGUACAAGCGGCACGGCCUACGGCCUCCUUCUCGAGACCGGACCCUGCUCUCUCUACAACAAUGUAACCACCCAGUUCAAUCCAUAUUCUUGGAAUCAUGCCGCCAACACCAUUUACGUGGAUCAACCCAUUGGUGUUGGUUACUCCUUCAGCACAAAAGCAGAUCCCGUUGGUAGCAGGGAACGCGCAGCAGACGGCAUGAUCGUGUUGCUCCAUCUGUUCAAUACGGCUUUCCCACAACUCCGAGCAAACAAGCUUCAUAUCACUGGAGAGUCCUACGCUGGCAAAUGGAUUCCUUCGCUCGCCAUGGGGAUUCUCGAUGCCAACAAACAUGAUCCAUCCAAUCAGAUUGUCUUGGGCUCUGUUGUCAUUGGAGGUGGCUACUUCUCUCCGGCUGUGCAGGAUCCAAAGAAUUAUGAUUACGCCUGUCUCGAACCGUAUCCCUUGGGCAAACCACUUUUCAAUAAGACGACAUGUGCAAAGAUGAAGGAUGAUGCGAUCAAGUGCGCGGCAAAGUGGGCAAAAUACACUAGCUUGGGGGGUAAAAACGAUCGCAGCAAACGUGUAAGGGUCGGAACUGACGCCAUUAACAGUUGCUACGAUGACUUGGUUCAAAUUGUGCCUGAUGCUGGAUUGGACCUCUACAAGAUCGAUCGGGACUGUCCGGACAAGUCCGGAGACUGUGAUCCAAGAGGUGUCGCAUCUGAACAAUUUCUGAAGCGCUCGGACGUGGCUUUUGCGUUUGGAGCAGGUCCUGGCGAGUAUCAUGCCUUCAGCGACGUCGUUUAUUGGGCGAGCGAAGACAGCGGAGACGAAUUCGUCGAUGUUGGUCCACUUCUGGGACAGCUUUUGGAAGCUGGCAUUCCCAUGUUGCUUUAUGCAGGCAUGCUGGACUAUAUUGUCAACCAUCGUGGCAUUGAAGCUGCCUUGGAAAAGCUUGUCUGGUCGGGAUCAGCAGAAUUCAAGGCCGGUCAAAAGGCUCCCACCAAGUGGUCUGGCGGAGUGAAAUGGAAAGCUAAGAACCUUCUUUGGGUGCUCUUCAAUAACGCCGGCCACGUCGUCCCUGAGGACGAUCCAGCCAGUGCUUUUGAGAUCUUUAAUGCCUGGAUUGAUGGACUUAGGGCCUGA